ACUCGCUUGUUCGAACGAUACUCAAUGGUGGUUCGCGGUUGAAUUGAACCCUCGGAUUUGGAAGCUGGGAACGCAGUGGUUGCUUCUAUUUUCUUCUCCAGAUCUGUAAUUCUCCAUUGAUUAUUGAAGAAAGUGUCAGAGUUGAAGAAUUUUCGUUUCCUAGGAAAAAUGGAUCCAGAUUCAGUGAAAUCCACUCUCCAAAAUCUAGCUUUUGGAAAUGUAAUGGCCGCCGCGGCUCGCAAUUACCAGAAGGAAUUGCUUGCCAAUGAAAAGGCACCGGCCACGAGCUCUGUCAACCAGGAAGUCGACCUUGACGAGUUGAUGGAUGAUCCUGAGCUUGAAAAGUUGCAUGCGGAUCGGAUUGCUGCUCUAAAGAAAGAAGCUGAGAAGAGAGAAGCUUUAAAGAGGAAAGGGCAUGGAGAAUAUAGGGAGAUAACUGAAGGGGAUUUUUUAGGUGAAGUUACUGGGACUGAGAAAGCCAUCUGCCACUUCUAUCACCAGGAGUUCUAUAGAUGCAAGAUAAUGGAUAAGCAUUUGAAGACCCUUGCUUCAAAGCAUGUUGAUACCAAGUUCAUCAAGCUGGAUGCAGAGAAUGCCCCCUUCUUCAUCACCAAGUUAGGAGUCAAAACUUUGCCUUGCGUCAUAAUCUUCAGAAAAGGAGUUGCUGUGGAUAGGUUGGUUGGAUUUCAAGAUAUGGGAGGAAAAGAUGAUUUCAGCACAAGGGCACUUGAGGUUGUACUAAUCAAGAAAGGUAUAAUUAGUGAGAAGAAAGAUGAGGAUGAUGAAGAUGAUGGAUAUAAUGACGGUAGUCGCAGGACAGUGAGGUCCUCUGUGAAUCUUGAUGAUUCUGAUUCAGACUGAAAAAAGAACAGAAAAAAGAAGAAAAUGAUACCUGAGUUUUCAAAUGCUUUCUGGUUGCAUGCUUGUAUACUUGUUGUCACAUCUGAUGUAUGUUACCUUCUGAGUGGAUCUUUUUUGUUUGUUUCUUUUUUAGGAACAAAAUUGCAUUGGAAAUAUAUUCUUCCAGUCCUCCAUAUUGACUAGAAAGUACUUCCUGGUUUUUCUUUAUUUUUUAAUGUUACUCAGAAAUUUUAUCUGUUGCUAAUGCACAUCGUUUAUGUUA